AUGGCAUCUGCAGGUCUUCAAAUCUUGGGCAUUUUCCUGGCAGCCAUUGGGUUUCUGGGAGACAUCAUCAUCUGUGCCCUGCCCAUGUGGAAGGUGUCAGCUUUCAUUGGGAGCAACAUUGUGACAGCGCAGGUCUUCUGGGAGGGCCUGUGGAUGAACUGCGUGAAGCAGAGCACUGGCCAGAUGCAGUGCAAGGUCUACGACUCCAUGCUGGCUCUACCACGAGACCUACAGGCCGCCCGAGCCCUGGUUGUGAUCUCCAUCCUUGUUGCCCUCAUGGGAAUCCUGCUCGCUCUCGCAGGGGGAAAGUGCACCAACUGCCUUGACGACGAGGUGGCCAAGAGUAGGGUAGCAAUUGCUGCAGGGGUAUUCUUCAUCGUCGGUGAUCCUGUGCCUGAUCCCUGUGUCCUGGUCUGCCAAUGA